AUGGGAGUCCGCGCCUUCCAUGGGAAUGGUGCCGGGCUAGGACUCGGGGUCGGCUGUGGCUUCGGGAUCGGCUGGGGCUUUGGCGGGACCAACCUCGGUUUCGCUGGGCUGGGCGUUGGUGGCGGGUGCGGCGUGGGGCUCGGGCUCGGCUGGGGCCACGGCAUCGGACUGGGCGCGCAGUACAUCAACAUGUCCCCCGAGUUCACAGAGAGCAAGAGCCACAGACCCAACGUCUUCCAGCAGGUCAGCUACUUUGUCCGCCGUGUCUCCACCCUCAAUCGUGGGCUGGGCCCCUGA